AUGGCGACUGUGCUUGUCCAGCAGCAGUCGUUGCACCAUUCAACCCCUCCUCCUUCUCCCCUCCCAUCAGCCUUGACUGUCAACCGGCGGCCGAGUCCCAUCCCCAACAAACAUAUCCCAGUAUGCCCUCCGGGCCCGACUCCAUCGACCCCUCCUCAACCAGCAUCUCCGGUACUCCGGUCUGAUCAGCCGUCAUCGUUAUUGUAUCCCCCAGAUGAACGACUUCGCAUUGGACGGGCUCCGUCUCCCGCUGUAUAUGCCAUCGAGGCUUCCAAACUGGCCGCUGCGAUGGACCACCAGGCGUCGCAGCCCUUGCCCGACCCAUCGCAGAUGUUCCCUUGGCUACAUGGCCUUCAUCCAGACAACCACCUACAAAUAGGCUUCUUUCAAAGUCGCAAACGUCACUCACGCCGAUCACCGAAAUGCUGGAGAGGCUUGACUGUGGUCAAACUGGGGGGCGAUCUGUCAAAGUCGCGUAUCAAAGGCGCCGUCAGCCCUAAUGAAGUGAUUGCACCUUCCGCCCGGUUCUUGAUGGCCGAUCCCCAGGAGGGAUUCUCCGUGCGCAACUUCCAUAUUCAGACGGCCAAGUUGGCUGCCAUGUCCGAUAUUGUUGUGUAUGCCGAAGAUGACAGCAGCCAGGCUGCUCUUGUUGCGUUGGCAGAUCAGUUUGCGACAGCACAGCAUGCCUGGAGAUUAAAGAUGGAUCCCUUGCAAGAGCGACCCACUUACAACACCUUUAUUGUUGCCACACCGUUCUCCGAACUGGAGAAAGAACACCCAGACAUUAUUGCAGUCGAUUCAAAAGGUCAAACAACAGACCAUGCCAUGGAUUUCGGCCACUGGGAACGACGGGAAAUGUGUACCAUGUCUCGAGCAACCGAGAUUUCGGCCAAUGUUUGGUUGGGAUCUACCCCAGAAUUCAUGCAAAUGGCCGGGGCGCCGUUGCCCAAAGAUGAAACAUACGACUUGUUAAUUGAAGCAAGCGACCAAGCCAACAUCCCUGGUCCCCGUUAUCUAGCCAAGCUUGACAGAGAACUCGAGACCGGCCCUCAGCGCAUGGAAUUCCCAUCAUCAGGAUCUCUGAUCCUCCCAUCCGGCAACACCCGUGAGGUCGAGGAUAUCGUCAACACCAUCCGAUGGAUCUACUAUCUCGCGCACCCAGAAACCCCAGCGGAUGAGCACGAUACUGACAGCGACGUUACCAUGGCCAGCUCGAGUGGAAAGCACCGCAAGGUCUUAAUCCACUGUGGUGAUGGGUAUACCGAAACCUCUCUAUUGGCAGUGGCAUACUUCAUGUUCGCGGAAGGCGUGCCAGCACACGAAGCAUGGCUCAGACUACAUUGCGACAAGAAGCGAAACUUCUUUGCCUACCAGACAGACGUUGCAUUCCUAUGCCAUAUCCAGGGCCGCCUCUUGCAGGAAAGCCCAGCGGCUCAAACCCAAGCUACAGAUGUCGCAGGGACCUGGGACCCAAAUUGGUUCCACAACAUGGAUGGCUCCUUCCCUAGCCGCAUCUUGCCAUAUCUGUACCUUGGGAAUUUGACACACGCCAACAACCCCGAGCUUCUUUGGGAGCUUGGCAUCAGACGUGUACUCAGCAUUGGCGAGGCUGUUAAUUGGUCCGAUGAGGACCGCGCUACCUGGGGGCCGGAUAACUUGAUGUACAUUGACAAUGUCCAGGACAAUGGCAUUGAUCCCUUGUGUCAGGAGUAUGAUCGUUGUUUAGAUUUCAUUGAAAAAGGCAAGCGUGAUGGUUCAGCUACAUUGGUUCACUGUCGAGUUGGCGUUUCAAGAUCUGCCAGUAUCUGCAUUGCCGAGGUCAUGGCCUGCAAAAAGCUUUCUUUCCCUAGGGCGUACUGCUAUGUUCGAGCAAGGAGACUCAAUGUCAUCAUUCAACCCCACCUACGCUUUGUUUACGAACUUCUUCAAUGGGAAGAACACCAAAUGAGAAAGCGAAACGAGCCUGUGAAGCGAGAACUUGAAUGGCAAACCGUCACUCGCGAGAUCGCUCUUCUCAACAAGCCCUAUUCGAGGGGCUAA